CGGGUAGCCAUCGCCGGCCCUAUAGCUACCCUGGCCGGGUGUUUCUGCACGCGCCCCUUCGCUGAGGAUGCUGGACUACGCGCAGUUUGAAGGGUCCCAGUUUGAAUAUACGUUCCCCAAUGGCUGCAUUUAUGACUCUUGCAAGCAAGAACCCACGUUCCCCUCCUGCCUUGCAGACUCCCAGAGCUCCCCAGAGUCCUGUGUGAACUGGCUAGAGAUGCUGGAGCCUGGGUAUGAAGCUUUCGAGGUGGGGCACCUGGCCCAGCUGCAGAACGUCCAAGUCUCUUACCUGCCGGGCUCAUACCCCCAGGCCUCCUCGGACGCUGCCUACAGCCAGGAUGGAAUGAUACACACACAGAACACGGAAGAGUACAACAUGCAGAUCUACCUCCCAUGUGGCCAGUACUCCAUUCCCAGAGAAGUGUCCAGCCCGUCAUCUGAAGAAGAGGAAUUCAGCCGGGAUAGUCGGAAUCUGGAAGUGUCUUCUGACAGCGAUUUGGAUGAGAAUCUCUCACAUGGAUUUGAGCCAGGCUCCCGACGGAAGCUGCGCCUCUACCAGUUCUUGCUGGAGCUCUUGGAGCGCGGAGAUAUGAAGGAGUGUGUGUGGUGGGUGCAGCGGGAAGCGGGCAUCUUCCAAUUCUCUUCCAAGCAGAAGGAGCUGCUGGCCCAUCGCUGGGGGCAGCAAAAGGGCAACCGCAAGAAAAUGACCUAUCAGAAGAUGGCCCGGGCCCUGCGCAACUACAGCAAGACGGGCGAGAUCCGCAAGGUGAAGAAGAAACUCACCUACCAGUUUGGGACCUCGCUGCUGGGCCAGUCGGCCCCCUCUUAAGCCCCCACCCACCCAAAAAGCAGUCUGGUGGCUGGGCCAGUCACUAAUAAACAGACCGCUGUCCAGACCCCAUUCUGGACUCCACCAGCCGAGCUGCA